GAGCGGGCGGGGGGGAGGGAGGGUGAGCUGGGUCCGCCUCGGCCGCCGCCAGGGAAUGAUCUGGGCGGCAGCGGGCGGCCCCAACCAGCGGCUGCGAGCCACUUCUGCGGGUACCGGGAGGAGCUAAGGUUGCCGGUCUCGAGUCGUCCCCCUCUCCGCCCCCCAGGAGGGGCGAGAGGGAGCCGCAGCUGAUGUCAGAAAUACACUUUCGGGAAAUGGCCUCUAAAUCUUGGCUGAAUUUUUUAACCUUCCUUUGUGGAUCAGCAAUUGGAUUUGUUUUAUGUUCUCAGCUAUUUAGUAUUUUGUUGGGAGAACAGGGUGAUACCCAGCCUAAUAUUCUUCAUAAUGAUCCUCAUGCUAGGCACUCAGAUGAUAAUGGACAAAAUCAUCUAGAAGGACAGAUGAACUUCAAUGAAGAUUCUAGCCAACAUAAAGAUGAGAAUACAGACAUCGCUGAAAACCUCUAUCGAAAGGUUAAAAUUCUUUGCUGGGUUAUGACAGGGCCUCAAAAUCUAGAGAAAAAGGCCAAACACGUCAAAGCUACAUGGGCCCAGCGUUGUAAUAAAGUGUUGUUUAUGAGUUCAGAAGAAGAUAAAGACUUCCCUGCUGUGGGAUUAAAAACCAGGGAAGGCAGAGACCAACUAUACUGGAAAACAAUUAAAGCUUUUCAGUAUGUUCAUGAUCAUUAUUUAGAAGAUGCUGAUUGGUUUAUGAAAGCAGAUGAUGAUACAUAUGUUAUACUGGAUAAUUUGAGAUGGCUACUCUCAAAAUAUAAUCCUGAAGAACCCAUUUACUUUGGGAGAAGAUUUAAGCCCUAUGUAAAGCAGGGCUACAUGAGUGGAGGAGCAGGAUAUGUACUGAGCAAAGAAGCGUUGAAGAGAUUUGUUGAUGCAUUUAAAACAGAGAAAUGUACACAUAGUUCCUCCAUCGAAGACUUAGCAUUGGGCAAGUGCAUGGAAAUUAUAAAUGUAGAAGCGGGAGAUUCCAGAGAUACCAUUGGAAAAGAAACUUUUCAUCCCUUUGUACCAGAACACCACUUAAUCAAGGGUUAUCUACCUAGAACCUUUUGGUAUUGGAAUUAUAACUAUUAUCCUCCUGUAGAGGGUCCUGGUUGCUGUUCUGAUCUUGCAGUUUCUUUUCACUAUGUUGAUCCUACAACUAUGUAUGAGUUAGAAUACCUCGUUUAUCAUCUUCGUCCAUAUGGUUAUUUAUACAGAUAUCAACCUGCCUUACCUGAGAAUAUACUAAAAGAAAUAAGUCGAGCAUACAAAAAUGAAGACCCAAAAGUAAAAUGAGAACUCUUGAAAGAAAAACAUAAAUGAAGAGGUAAAAUGUCUAGCAUUGCACUGAAGAACUUCUACAUUUCUGAUACAGAACACUGGAAUCCCAGUGAGGAAUUCUUUCUAAGUGAACAUUCCAUAUUAGAAAUCUUUCAUAUGAAUGACUGUAAACUGAAGCUUUAAGUGAGCUGUGAAGUCUGUUAAAAUGUGUUUUGAUACAGUAAUAUAUAAAUAUAUCUGAAAAACUUGUGUUUUUAAAAUGUGGCCAGGCAGAGGGACUAGAAACAAGAUUUUUGUUUUCUCUUCUUGACCACAUGUAUUAUUUUCACUGAGAAACUAGAACAUUUAAAUUUUCUAAAACUACACUGCACAUAUUAAUAACACAGAUGAUGCUAAAUAGAUCUGCCUUAAAGAAAAUUUUAGAAGGAAACAGUGUUGCUUAAUGUUAUUUAUAAACUCAAGACAUGAGCAGUAUGAUAUAAAUGAACAAAACCCCCCCCACACACACUCAUACAUGCAGGUUUUGUCUAAUGAAAAUUUCCUGUGACUGUAAUUGGCAGUAUUUCUUCCAGACAAGGUAAAAUAAGAAUGGCACUUAUCCUAAAGUGCAUUAAUAAAACCACAUUUUGAAAUUAUAUGGUCUUUGACUGUAUUAUAUACUUGGUUCUAAUUAGUAGUUAAUGUUUUACUGAGUCCCCGUUGUCUCUCUUCUAAAUAUGUUUAUUUUGAAUACAAUUUUAAUUAUUAAUAUUUAUUUACUCAAAGUAUUAAUAGCAUUCUAUAAACAUGCAUUUUAAAAUAUUUUGUUCCCAAAUUUACCCAUUGUUAAUUGUGGGUAAUUAAUAAAUAGUAAAUUUAAUGCUAUUUGGGGAUGCUUUUCUUAGAUCAGUUCCACUCUCAGGAAUUACUAAGUGACAUUUUAAAUUGAUUAUUUAAAACUCUUUCCAACUACAUAAUUAUAGUUCCUUUUGUUAUCAUCCUGUUGAGAGAUGAGAAUUUGUUUGUGCCUUUAAUAACUUAUUUAAAGCAAAGUUUAGACAUUCAUUUUUAGGCUCUGAGGUGGCUAUUAGUUACACUGGCAAAAUAAUUUGAAUGUACAAUUUUGACGAGAGUUGACUAAAAACAUUAGAAAAACAGAGUGCUUAAGGAAACUGAAAUAUGCCAGAUAUUAAAAGACCAAAUACUUAAUUCAUGCAUAACUGCCUGAAUUUUGAUGCUGACUUAUUAUUUGGGGUGGUUUUUUGUUUGUUUGUUUGGGGUUUUUUUUGGUGUUUGGUUUUGCCAGUGGAUAAUUCUAACAGCAGAAUACCCAAUUCAACACUGUCAUCAAAAAUAUAUUCAUAAAUAUUUCAUUCUAAUUUUAGUGACUUUCUAUUUAAAGAAUUUCUGGAAGGAAAGAAAAUUUUAAGUUUUGUUUUCUUUAGCAAUAUUAUCUGAGUAUAUCAUACAAGAAUAUUUUGCAGACUUUCUGUAAGAUUAUCUUAAAUGUUACAAAUGAUUUACAUUGUUUAUGUUUAUCAUUAUGCUAAUUUUACAUGGUUGUCAUGCCAUUGAAUCUGCUGCUUAGCUAAAGAGUUUAUAUUUAUUGUGCCAAAACAUGUCAAAAUCGUCAUCUCUUUGGGUGGUAUAUUGAAAGGAUGUUCAUCUUGGUGACAAUUAGUGGUAAUUAUGGAUUACUCUGUCCACACAGUGAAAAGUCACACCAGUUUUUACCUUAAAUUGUCUUUUGUUGUUUUCAUGACACUAUCACCUGCCAGAAUUUCAAGGCAUUCAUUCUAUUCUUUGAACAACUCUUCACCUUGGUGUGGAUAUGAAUUUUACAGUCCAUGUAUACUACUUUCUAUAAAAACCUUAAAAUUUACUCAUAGGAAGUUAACAUUGUGAUGAAUCCUGGGGUCUGGAGUCAGACUGCCUGGGUUUAAAUUCUUGAUCUAUCACUUACUAGUUUUGUAACCUUGAGCAAUUUACUUAAUCUCUCUCUGUGCCUCAAUUUUCUCAUCUUAAGGGACAGUAAUACUAUCUACCUCACAGGAUUUUUAUGAGGAUUAAAUGAGUGAAUAUAUGUACAACUUUUAGAAUACUUGUCUGGCCCAGACUAUGGAGCAAUAAGUAUAAGGUUUUACUAUUCUGUUACCUUAGAGUGUAAAUAUUUGUUCUAAAUGAAUGAAAAAAAUCUGCUUUAAUCAAAUUAGAUAUUGAAGGACUUAUUUCAUACAUUUCUUAUAAUAAGUAAUAGCUAGUUUUUAUCUAAUGCCUACUGUGUGCCACGUAGUGUGCUUUAGAUAUUCUGUGUACAUUAGUGUUAAUCUUCACAAAUUGGGUGUUCUUCCUGUAUCGUAGAUGAGAAAACUGAGGCUCAAAGAAUUAAAGUAAUUUUUCCACUGUCACAGAGCAAGUAAGUAACAGAGCCAGGAUUUAUGCUGAAAGCCUGUGUAUUCUUUGUACCAUGUCAGCCUUGAGGUUAGUCAUUUAGCACUAUUUCUUUCCAUUUUUACUUAUUAACAUGUGUGAUCUCAUACAUCAGCCAGUAAUAGACAAAUUAACCAGCCAGAUUGUCAUAGUGACUCUCAAAUUGUGGUUCUUCUACUCUUCCCUGGGAACUUGUUAAAAUGCAGAUUUCAAGACUCCAGUCCCAGAAAUUCUGAUUCUAGCAUGAGGCCCAUUAGUAUGCAUUCUUACCAGAUUCCUUUGGUCAGUGGUUCUCAAAGUGUUGUUCCCAACUAGUAGUAUUUGCAUCAUCUGGGAACUUGCAAAUGCAACCUCUCCUGGGCCCCACCUCAGACCUGAGUCAGAAGCUCCAGGGGUAGAGGCUAGCAGCUGUCUUUUAAACAAGCCCUCCAGGUGAGUCCUAUUCAUUCUAGUUUGGGAACCAAUCUGAUGCAAAUUGAUUGUUGGAAUGUGCUAAAGAUUUAUUGCCCCACAAGUAGGGUAUCUUUCAAAGAUUUAGAUGAAGGAUGUUUUAAAUCUGUGUCCUCCCAAGAUCACACCAUAUUAAAUGUGAGAGACUUUAAAGAUAACUUAAAGGGUCCGUGGAUCAUUCAUUUUUUGACAAAAUUCUUUAGCUUUUUCAGAUUGACUAAUACCAGGGCCCACAGUAACAUAUGUAAUUCUCCAAGUUUAGUAAUUUAACAAUUGGGGCAGGAAGAGUUUAAGUACUGUACGUAAUUCUUUAAAAGCAUACCUAAAUGAGUGUCCUCACUUGUUAGUAAAAAAAACUUUCCAAUUGUUAGUAAAAAACUUUAAAUGGAGGUAGCAAAAUACUGCUUUAUAAUAUGCAGAAUGUUUUUCUGCUAAUUCAAUAUGAUCAAAAUUUCAUCACUUUCAAGAGUCAGUUGACUGUCCUAAUACAGCAAAAAAUUAUCCAAGUAUUCAGUAGAGAACAUACAAGCAGAUUUCAUGAUGGUAACUUACCAUCUUUUAAAUUAAGAUCUUUGUCAUUUGGAUAAAUUAUUUUAGUGUGGUCUCAAAACAUAAGGCUUUUGCUAUCUUUAUGUUUCCCAGUAACAGUAAACUUAUAUUUCAAGUGAGAAGUUCAUAGAUGAUACAAAGCAGAUUUUUGUCCCAGAGUUCAAUUAUUUGUUUUUAAAUAUCUUAAAUUUCAGAGGAAUUUUUGUUACUGUAAGAAUUCAAAAUAAAUUACUGGCCAGUUUUUAGUAUUUUUUGAAAUACAGUAAUUGCAUUUGAGCAUUAAAUUUGUUAACUGAUUAUUUUCAUAAUUGUUUCUUGAGUAUGAAUUUUUCACUUCCUUGAGCCUAUCGAACUAUAGUAUUUCCAGAUUGAGACUUGAAAAAAAAUGCCUCACUUUAUUGAUUAGAUCAAGUCUAUCCUUUUGUUCUUCAUUUGAUUCAGUUCAUUAGAGUAUUCUGUCUUUGACAAUUUCUUCUUCUUUGUAUUUGUUGCCCUUUAUUUUCUUUACAACUAAUUUCCAUUUCCUAACUACCCCUAAUGCUGCUUUUGCAAGGUUAAUUUGGCUGUAAUUAGUGAUUAGAAUUUGUAUCACUUACUAAUAAUUUUAUACCUAUUAACUUUAGAUUUCCCUAGGAGAUUGGAAAUAAAAAGUCUAAGAAUAAUGCCUGCUGGCUCUAAGGAUAUUUGCCCUACUUAAAAGUCUACAGUUUUAAACUAAUUCUAGAUAAAUGAUUACUAAAUGAACUAAAGUUAUUUGGAUUCCAUUUCCUCUACACCUUUUUCUCAAAAACAAACCAAAAAAACUCAUUUGCCUCAUUUCUCUACUUUAUUGUAGGGCUGACAGAAACAUUCUUAAGCAAUCUGGGGAACAACCUGUGGUUUAUUUUAUGCUAAAUAUAACCUCUAUUGAUUUAAGAAUAUGACUACGUUUAUAUAUUGGAGUUGAAAUAGAAGUUUUAAUACAGAUUUUAAAAACUUUACAAAUUCUGUCUAGAGAAACCAACUCUAAAACUAGUUUCAGAAGUGAAUAGUGCUCUGUCUCAACUCCUUUUACCUCUAGUUUUUAGUUUAUAUCAGUUCAGUUUAAAUAACUUUGCAGAGCCCUACCAAUUAAUAUUCCAUAUACAGUAUUUAUUAGAGGGAAACUAAUCUUACUGCUAAGCAGUGUGUUACAUUACACAGUGAAUAUUUGUGUUUUGGAAUUUAAAAGUUAUGUAAGGUAGUAGUGUUAUGAAUGGUUUAAAAAUGUGUGGUGACUUGCUUAUUUUAAGUGAUCCACCAAUAAAUCAGAAAAGAUGUAUUUUUAAAUAUGUUUUUUAAAGUGCCUUUUGAACAUUUUUAAACAAUGGAUUUAAACAACUGCAUAAAAUAAAUUACCAUGUUUAAA